UUUACACUUGAAGUCGCAAUGGCCCGCGGAUUGUUUAUGAAUGCACCUUAAUGAUGAGCAGCAACAGUCAGAAUGUCAGAUCUGACAUCCUGUCAUGUCAUUUUCAAUUCCAUUUUAUUUUCCUUUAGAAAUUUGGAAUAUUAAAGUUUUCAACGAAAAAAUAUGUCUAGAGUAAAUUUUUUUUGUAAAUCAGGAUUCUUAAAAAAAUUCUUUCUACAUAAUUAACACUUUGGACAUAAGUUUCAAUAAUAAAUAACUAAUAAUUAGAAUUUUAUAUGUUUUUAAGAUCGAACGCGAAGGGUUAUAUAAUUUAUCAAACACAUAAUUAAAUAAUGGCAUCACAGAGGCACUAUCUGAACUCGCUGACGUAAAAAUUGUAUUUACGCUAGUCUUCUAACAGUUUACCAGCUGUCAAAAUGUGCAAUAAUGGGGCAGGAUUGCUCGAUUGUUUAUUUAUUAUUUCUAUUCAAAUGGCCCACUUUUAAACCAGAGGGUAUGGAUUAAUUAAUAUAAUAUGGGUGCAAACAUAUCCCAACUAGAGAGAGAUAUUGGGUCAGAGCAGUUUCCUUGCAAUGAACAUUAUUUUGGAUUAGUUAAUUUUGGGAAUACUUGCUAUAGUAACUCUGUGCUUCAAGCUUUAUAUUUCUGCAAACCCUUUAGGGACAAGGUGUUAGAGUAUAAAGCAAAAAACAAGAGAACAAAAGAAACCCUGCUUACAUGCUUAGCAGAUCUGUUUCAUAGUAUAGCUACUCAGAAGAAGAAAGUUGGGUCGAUAGCACCUAAAAAGUUUAUUGCUAGAUUAAGAAAGGAAAAAGAAGAAUUUGAUAACUACAUGCAGCAGGAUGCCCAUGAAUUCUUAAAUUUCCUAAUAAACCAUAUUAGUGAAAUAAUUUUAGCUGAAAGACAACAGUAUUCAACAAACAAUUCAACAAAUAGUACUACAAACAAUGUUAACAAAAAUAAGGGUGUGGGAGAAAAUGGAACUUCCACUACUGCCCAAAAUCUACCAGAAUCUACAUGGGUUCAGGAUAUAUUUCAGGGUAUCCUAACUAGUGAAACGAAGUGCCUGAACUGUGAAAAUGUCAGCAGUAAGGACGAGGAUUUUUUUGACCUGCAGGUUGAUAUUGAACAAAACACCUCGAUCACCCACUGUUUAAGGUGUUUCAGCAAUACAGAAACACUUUGUAGUGAUAAUAAGUUUAAGUGUGAUAAUUGCUGUAGUUAUCAGGAAGCCCAGAAAAGGAUGAGGGUGAAAAAGCUGCCCACCAUCCUAGCCCUCCACCUGAAACGAUUUAAAUAUGUAGAACAGUAUAAUAGGCAUAUAAAAGUUUCACAUAGAGUUGUUUUUCCUCUCGAACUUAGGCUAUUUAAUACCUCGGAUGACGCAGUCAAUCCGGAUAGGUUGUAUGACCUAGUAGCAGUUGUGAUACAUUGUGGCAGUGGCCCAAAUAGGGGCCACUACAUUAGCAUAGUGAAAAGCCAUGGGUUUUGGUUACUAUUUGAUGAUGAUCAAGUUGAUAAAAUUGAGUCGUCGGCAAUAGAAGAAUUCUACGGUCUGACCUCGGACACGCAGAAAUCAUCCGAGACAGGCUAUAUUUUAUUCUAUCAAAGUCGCGAGAGCUUAUGAGUGACCAUCGAUGCCUUAGUACGUGUAUCCAAACGCAGCAGCAGGUCCCAACCGGACUUUAAAAAUUACGCCAGGUGGGCUUACUCUUGUUUCUAGCAAAAACAAAUGGAUUUUUAUUUGUUUUGACGGUAGCCUUAGAAAGUAGGCUGCUUUCGACCAUCAAUUUUCAUAAAUGGGUAGCCGAUUGUUACCAGUGAAAGUACCUUUCCUUAAGUAUUUUGAUGUGAAAAGUAAGGCAAUGAAAAUCUCUAAAACUUAAAUUAAAUUAAAAAUGUGGAGAUAAAUAUUGGAGCAAGCAACUUUUUUAUCACAAUCAAUUAUUUCGCAAACCCAACAGCUAAGAAAUAGCAGAUAUAGCCAUAAAGAAUAUUUUGUCCUGGUCCGAUACUUAGGAAAAAACACAGAAUCCAAAUUAAUAUACAUCUAAAUGCAUUUGAAUUUCAAAUAUACUUAUUUAUAAAUUACUUAUGUAUAUACCAGAAAAUGUAUGCAUAUUAUUUAUCCCAGUUAUCGGCCAAAUUACGCCACAUAUAAAACUUACACGAAUAAAUUUAUUUAAAUAAAAUACCUUUCCCUAAAAACAUUCAAAAAAUAAUUAACACAACACAAUAAUGAAUACGGCUUUUAAAAAAUCCUUAAAAUAAUUCUCUAAUAUUAGUUCACGAAUAACUAAUUCAACAUUAUCUAGUAAUUGCGAUUUGUUAGGAAAAUAAACAUAUUAUCGUUGUCUUAUCCGACUUUUCUAAGGCCAUAAUGUUUUGUAAAAUAGAUUUCAUAUAAAGUAUCAAAGUUAAAAUACAGUUAUACAAAUAGAAAAAAUUUAAAUUAUUAAAUUCGGAUCAGCCUUUUGUUCGGAUAGGUGUGAUUUUAUAUACUUCCUGUGAGAGUUUUCUUUUUGAUAUUAAAGCAAAGCCUUAACUAUUAAAAUCCAUUCUCUAAACUAUUGGAAAGCUUUUGUAUGUGGGAGGAAUUGUAGAAUUUGAUAAAGGACGUAGAGUUCUUGCUUUACGCAUCAGCAGGGACAUUUUAUGUAUACGUGACAUAAAAACAAGUAACUUGUACCCUAAUUCUUUUUUAAUUUACCUUUAUUAUAAAAUUGCUCUUUUAUCAAUUUAAUAUACUUAAUUCUAUUAUGUUAUAUAUAAAUUAUUUUUUGAUGUAUUGGAUAUAGUUUCAGUCAAGGCUUAAAACUUCUCCAAAUUCCUUGAUUCUUCUAGGUUUUCAUAAUAAUCUGUUUCUUUUAAAUUAAUAUUGUCCCUCCACUUUUUACCGUUUCAUGAUGAUGUUAUGGACGCAAAUUCGUAAGAUGCAGAGAGCAUUGUAUACUUUAAUGAUCAAAAAUUGAAAAUCUCUUAAAAAUAGUGGUUAAAUAUCUAAGAACUCAUAAUUUGUGUUAGUAUUGUGUAGUUAGCUGAAAUAAUUUUAAGCAGAUGUAGGAUAAUGUCAAUAUUAUGUCGGUUUUACCUUUUUUUACACCUAUUUUUAACGUCAAUUCUUAAAUAUCGUAAAAAGUGUCCGUUAAUUGAGAGUCGUAUUUACCUUAAAUUGUGCUUAAAUGUCAACUCUUAAAGAUUUGUUCUUGUAGUAAAGAGGUCAAUGGAAUCAAUCUUAAUCUCUAUGAAGAUGUUGAUGGGAUGACUCAUCAACAAAAUGGGAUGUUCUUGUUUUUGUUUGCUUUUGCUCCCAGAAAUACCAGUACAAUCAGGACUGUACGAUAUUAUCAGUAAAUAAUAAUUCAGAGGUGUUUAUCCAUUUAUUAACGCUGAUGGUCGAAAAGCGUGACGUCUUAUGACUACCUACGAUUAGUAGUUUAAGGUACAUCAAAAGGACUGAGCCGAUAUUUUGUAGGUUUGUUUACCAAGUUGUUUUUUACUUACUACUAUUUUUUAGCUGAAAUAUACUUGCCGUAUACAUUACGAUAAGAUAGACUGUUAAAGCUGAAUAAUAAGCAUAAGAGUUUUUCUAUAAGUUAUUUUUGGAAUUGUCAUACUUUUUUUACUAGUACAUAGUGAUGCAUUUUUCUAGUCAUUAUUCCCAGUACCAUAUAAAUUCAUUUUAUGCACUAUGACAAAUGUUUUAUUAUUCAGUCAAUCUGUUUGUUUUUGUUAGAGAUGUCCUAUAUAGUUUCCCUAGGAAGAUCCAGAUUUGGCUCUUUUUCGUGGUACCAUUGAAUAUACAAAAAAACAUUUAUUUUAGUGUCUGGGUAAAAUUUUGAUAUAUGCUUGAGCCGAAACUGUAUAAUAACAAUGUAGAAGACUUUCUAAAUAGAAAAGAAAAGUGUUUUGGUUAAAGUUUUUAAACUUUAUAUUAUGUGAUAGUACAUAGUAUGUUAGUCUUAAUAUUUUAUAUAUUACGACUUCUAAAAUUUCCUAUUUUAGUUAAAAGUUUUUUCUUGAAGGAACUAAGAUGUGUCAAUGAAAGUUAAAAAAAAAUAUUUUUUAAUAUAACUUCUACUCAUUAUAAGUAAAGUAAGAUCAAUGCUAAAAUGUGUUAUGUAAUUUUGUUAUAUACAACAUUCUUGACAUUCAAGUAUAAUAAUUUAUGUGUAAGAAUGGCUACAGAAUAUUUAUAGAUUUAUAAAGCAUGUGGGCUAGUAAACAAAUUUGGCCUAAAAACAAUCCUAGUUUUCCCAAAGAAUUAUACUAGGUGCUUAAUUUUAUAAAAAAAUUAUAUAUUAUCAAGCUUGAGCAUUAAUGUUCUUUUUAAAUCAUUAUGCAAAUAUUUGGUCACGCAAAUAAACAGUGUUUCUUCUUUCUUUACUAAAAGUGCUAUAUAUUUUGUUUAGUCAAAUGGUAUAUUUUACAUUUUAUUAAACUUUUAGACUGAAUAAAAACGGUGUUCGUGUGUGGUGCUUUGUAUAACGAUUGAACACUUUUGUACAUAGUACAACAACGACUGGACAGUUUUUUUUUUGUAGAAUGUUUCAUGCACCCUUUAAAUACUUUAAUUUAUGGAAGAAAAAACAGAUCGAGCUCAACCGAACUUGAACUGAUUAAAUUUGAAAUAUAUUGUUUCUUACGAAUAUCAUAUAUACAAUAUUGGACAAAAUAACACGUUAUUUGAAGAGUGAAAUAUGCAAAAGGAUCCAAGUGCCAUUUCACAAAUUUUACAGUAGCGACAAAAACGUUUUGAAACAACAUAAAUUAAAACCAACCCUUUUGUAUUAACCAUUUUUAUUAUGUUCAGGACAGGCAAAAUCAAAGGGUCAAAUACAAAAUGUACAAAUUUUACAAAAAAAGUUUUAUUUUUCAAAUUUAAUGUCAAAACGGCCCAAGUGCCAAUAUUAUUUCAAACUCAAAGUAACUUCUAAACUCUUUUUAAAACUAAACUAUUUUAAAUAAUAACAUCUUCGAACGUUAGUUUGCGUGUUCACUCAUCUUUUGUAUAAGCUCUUCAUAAAAAACUUGGUUCUUCGGCUUUAGAUAACGUAACAUAUUCUUAAUUUCUUUGAUUUUUGCAGCAGGCCAUGCUUUUUUAGGAUUUGAAUCAGAAAAUUUUACAGCUAGGUCUUUAAAAUACUCUAUGGUAGUAUGCGCCUUAAAAAUAUUCACUUUGCGGUAUAGUGCUAAAUCAGAGUAGUUAGUUUUUACUUCAACAGAACCCUCUUGUAACAGAUUUGCAUCUAUUUUAAUCAUUACAACCUGCGAUAUUCCAAGAUUAUCAGUUUGUAGAGUCUCUUUUGCCAAUGACAUCCAGGCAAAGAAAUUUCCCGUGUGCUUGACUGUAAAGGGAUUGUUUUGUCUGGCGCUCGUAAUUAUUUUGAUUAAAUCACGUGGAACUUCGGGUUUCUUCUUUCUUCUUACUUUUUCGAUUAGUCCGAAGUCCCUAUCACAAGACAGGAACGUAUGUCCUGUUUGUCGGAAUUUGUGCAGAAUUUCAUCAAAAACUCCUUUGGCAACAAGAGUAAUAUAGACUGCUAAGAUUCCUUGAUUUUUAUUUUGACCUCCUCAGUUGCCAAACCAUACAACUAAUGACGUUUUGGAAGUCUUUAGUUGAUUUGUCAGAAAGUCAAAAAUACAAGAACCUAUUUCGUUGCAACCACGUUUUCCAGUGUUUCAUCCCAAAGGUAAAAGAGUCCCGUUCCCUUCAUGGUGUAUACCAAAGUUCACACAAGCUAAUUGGCGACUGUAAUACAUCUGAGUGUGUGUCAACGAAGGUAUAUAGAACUGUUUUUGUAAAUCAAAAGAAAUGAUGCAAGCAGACUCUUCCAAUUUUGCAAUCUUGCAAUCAUUGCUCAUCAUUUUUUGUGCAGCUUCUGCUUUCUUAUGAUGUAAUUUUUUUUUUCAAUUCCACGUCCUUUUUUUGUACGGGGUUGGCAGCUUUUCUCAAAUCCACUUUAUAUAGGUCGCACUUGCGACAGGUAUCGACCCUUGGAGGGCUAAAGGAAAGAUUGAACUGAUGUUUGAAGAUGUUAUUAAACCAUUGCCUCGAUACAUGUGGUGCAGUAUUAUUUUCGGUAUAUUUUAAAAGAAAAGCUGCAUGAAGUUUCCGGAUACUAAGAUCUUCAGACAAAUAAUUUUUGGAACUUUUCUCUCUUCCAUAAUGACUUUCUCGUGUUGGGAUUGAGGAUAUAAACUCAAUGAUUUUUGAUUUCCACGAAUAAUCUCUUCUGCUACGUUUUCCUCCUCGUUUUUCACGCAAUAUAAUGUCACUGCAUUUAGCAAGCUUUUGACAUAAUAAGUUUCACUCUUUUUACUCCAAUCGAAAAAGUAUCACAAAAUGUCUUUCUACAAACCUCCAACUUAGAGUUUCCAGGAAGAAGUAAAUAAUAUCUAUAGGUACGUUGCCUCCUUCUAGCUUCCGGGGUCUCAUAAGUGCCAUGUCUUCUGCGCCUUAUGUUUUCACAUUCUAUUAAAUGCAUCAAAAAAUUCUGUUGUUCUGGGACCAUGGGCAAUAUCAUGGUCCCAGAACUUUUGAAAAACUUGGAAAUUAAGAUAAGAUGAGACACAAUAAGCUAAAAUAUUGAAAAUUGGCAUACCUCAGAAGGGCCCUUUUUCCCUGGAAUGAAGGAUUCUUUCUUUUUGAAAGGCAGUCCACUGUUUCUUUUAACUUGGCUAUUUUUACGAACGUCACCGGUUUUGCUCCUUUUUUUCCUUUGAAUGUCUAUUGGUAUGUUAUCCAUGCUUGUAGAUGGAGCACUUUCAAUAUUUUCACUUAUUAUUUGCAAUUUCUUACUCAUUUUUAGACACAAAAAAUAAUAGCAGCGACGAAAAAGCAAUUGUUUACAAUCUAAAACAAAAAGUAAGGUUAAAAUGAACAUGUGCAUGAUGUGCAAUAUUAAGGGCACUUGGGCCUGUUUGUAAAAGAUUCUUAAUAAUAUCAUCAAGAUGGCAGCACAGAAACAUAAAUUAUUUAGUGCAAGUUUCUAGUGGCGCAUAGACCCCAAAACUUCAUUAAAACGCAUUUUGAGAAAAAUGACACUUGGACCCUUUUGCAUAUUUCACUCUUCAUUCUUACUUUAAACUGGACAAAUUAAUGCAAAUUAAAAAAAAAUGAAUUAUCUGCUUCAAUGAUUACAUUACAAAAAUUAUAUUUUUCUAUGACUACUUAAUAUAUGUCACUUUCAAUUACAUUUAGUUAAAAAUCGGUUUAGUGCCUUAAAUCAAUAUGCAGGAUGUAGGUUUGAAUAUUUUCUAAUAUAAUCAUAAUUUGGAAAAAGCAAUUUGGUAACAUAAUGUUAUACAAGAAGGGAAUCUACGUGAACUUCUUGUUUAUUAUAUCAGGUUCUAUCUAUCCCAUGAAAGGUUUUAUCAAUAUCAAAUGAGUUGUCUACUUCUUCAAACAUGAGAGAUCAGAUCACAUUAAGUUUGGGUUUUUCAGAUAUCAAGAAUUUGUUUACAGUAGUUUAAAAAGUUCCUACAAUUUGAUAUAUAGUUUCUUCCUCUGAAUUGUAACUAUUAACAAAAUAAGUGUAUACGUCUGUUAAGACUAAAAUCUUCUGCCAAAUUUCAAUUAGUUUCCUAAUUUUUUGUCGUUUUUUUGCCAUAGCAAUCGCUUUGUUUCUGGACCUUUCAUAAUAAUCUGAUCACAUUCUUAUGCCUAUAAUUCCAAACCUAUUACUAAUUACAAAACUUAAUUUGACAUACACUCCUGGAUAAAAUAAUAGCACUCUGUGUAACAUAAAUAUUAAAGUGCGCAGAUGCCUGUUAAGACUAAAAUAUAUUGUCAAAAUUUAAAGUGAUUUCUUGAUGUUCUGUCGGUUUUUUGUUGUAUCAAUCGCUUUGUUUUUGGACCUCUCAUAAUCUGAUUUCAUUUCUUUGCAUAUAAUUGCAAAACUUAAUUUGACAUACACUCGUGGACGAAAUAAUAUCAGUAUGUGCAACAUAACAAUUAAGUAAAGCGAAGGAAACUUUUAUAUAACAAAAGGCCUAAUAAAAUGAACACAAAAUAAUGAGUAUGUAUCUUUUUUUUUGUAGUAUUUGAGUACAAAAAAAAGGCAUUGUCCACAAUAUCAAAAUAAUAGCAGUUUUUCAAAAAAUGCUUUAACAAGAAAUAAAGUCGUGGCAUACAUUUUAGAAGAUCUUGACACUAUGCCAUGCAUUUUGAGUAAUUAUCUAUUCUUCUUAACCAUACUUAUAAUGAAGGAGAAAAAUUGAUUUUGGUUUGCAGCUCACAAUAAAUCUUAUUUGGGUACAGUUUUACGAAGAAGAAGGCACUUAUUUUGUACUUAUUCUGUAGAACGUCACUUAUUCUUUACUUUUUCUUGAGUACAGUGUUUUUUCUCUUUAUUAAAUAAAAACACUUUAAAGUUGGUGAUAUUGUUAAAAUAAAAAAACCAUCUAGACGAGACCUGCAAUAGAAAAUGCUAUUAUUUUGAUCACCUUAAAUUCACGCCUUUGUUUAAUUCAAGGUAAGACUAAAUAAAAUAGCUUUCUUAGUGUCUUUUAAAACCAGGUUACUUUUUGGUAUUUGCUGAUUGUUGUUUAGAAGAAAUAUUUUAUUUUAUUUUGUUUUUUUUAACUUUAACAGUGUUAAGUUUUUUUAAAGCUUAACAGUCUUAAAAGUGUUAAGUUACUGCUAUUAUAUUACAUAUUGACCACAAAUCUACAGAAGACGUAUUUAGAAUGUUUGAGGCGAGUUACCUGUAAUAAAUAAUCUACUGUUGCCUAUAGAUUCAAGAAUACUAAUUUAAAUAUCCCCUAAUAAUGCGACCUUUGUUGAGAUUUCCAUGCUUUCUAUAUACAUAUAGCGUUUCUUUAUGUAAUCGAUAUUCACCAUUACUUUUGUAUGCCACCGUCAUUCUCUUUGGCAGGUAAAACAUGUUUGGCUAGUAACAUGCUUGGCCACUCCAUAUAUCUUGCAAAGAUUGGUGCUUGGUAUUGAUUUUUCAUAUACACGACGUCAAAGUCUUUGCGCCCUUCUGAUAACAUAUAUAUUUAAUCGUGCUAAAAUUUGAGGUAAUUAGCAAAAAAGUCAUAAAAAAACAUAAGAAAAUUAUACGUUUUUUUUUCAUAUUUGGACAAUACUAUAGUAGUUUCCUCUAUUGUCAUUUCUGGUCCAAUAUUGUAUAUAUAAUAGUAUAUCAAAGCGGGUUUUAACACAAAUUACUUUAACGCAGAUUCGAAUGUUUCGAUCCGCUCUGUAUUUUGAUUCUCCGUCCCGUCUACACUACACUUAGGUACCAGAGUUUCCUAUAGGCUUAGUUUAGAUUGAUUGCGUUUAAGGGUAUAGUUAUUUAAAUGGUUUUGUACAAUAACACGAUUUCCAUUCAUGUAGGUUAUGCUUUUUCAAUGUAAAUAAAAAGAAUACUGGGGGUUUGUCUGCAGCCAUUUUUUCCAGGGCAAAAUACUCGUCAUCCAUGCGGUUUGUCUGAGACUACAUAUAUCACAGAAAUUGAUUUGCUUUUUUGUUGGACUUUCGCCUCUCUGUUAGAGUAAUUUGUGCUUUUAAUAUAAUUAAUUGAUGGAAUUUUAUUAAAUUUUCACAAGGCUAUAAUAACGCUAUAAAAAUUUGUAUAGGGUUCAUAUAAAGGUCAAGUUUUUGGACUUUUUUGAUUUGACUAGUUUCAAGAACAAAAACUUUCUGUACAAAGUGUGUCAGGUGACAGUGGCCAAAACCAAUAUUUUUAUUUAAAAUGCAACAUAUAUUAGUCGAUUUUCGGAUUCUUCAGAUUAUUCGAACAUGUUUCAUAUAGAAUAUCCUAUACCUGUCAUAAAACUGUAUGAAAAUAUUACAUAAUUUCAGAUUUAUUGCAAAAAAUUAAGGCAUGACCAAUCUAAUCGCAAUCGUUAUCAAAAAAAACUAAGUCAAGGGGCUUCGUUUGUUAAAAAAUUAUUUUAAUGUAAUAAUCCAUAAGAAGUCUAAUAUUGACAUCAUUAGACAUCAGGGGAUCCACCUUUCUAUCGGUAUUUAACCCCCUGCCCACUAAUUUAAAAAUAUUCGGUUAAGGUACUGUCGGACAUUGAUAAUGGGGAGGUGCCUACUCUUUGCCGGCAUAUUAACUAAAAUUUUUGAAUAAGUUGUCAAAUUUGACACUACUUUAUUUUGGAGCUUUGCUGAAUUAUUUUCUUUUUUAUACAUUGUACAUCACUCCAAUUCUCCAGUUCAUUCCCUCGCAAAUUCCUUCCCAGAUAUUUAUAUUUCUAUAGGGUAUUGAAUAUCUUCGUCUCUUAUCUAGUGAAGAUUUUACGUAGACCAGACUAAAAGCAACCAAGUGUAAAAGUUAAGAAAGAUAAGGGUAGAACACCCAACAUUUCUAAAAUUAACUAGUGUUCUAAUUUGCUAACUAAAUCAAAAUAUUUUUUAAUUUUUUUUUUUAGUGAAAAGAAAAGCUUACAUGGUUUUUUUUCUUACUUCCUCAUUAUCAAUACUUAAAUGGAAAAUAAGUACUGAAUGUUUUGCUUAUUUCUAAUAUAGAUUGAACUUUAGGUAAAUAGCAAACUCUUAAUAUACUCCCGAGACGAUUGAAGUACAUGGUACUUGAUAUUUAUCUAGAAUAUUUUGAAGAAUCCAAAUAUUCUCUUCUAAUGAACCCAUCUCCCAUUUAUUUGAUAUGAAAUUUAUGCCAUUUGGUUUAUACAUACUUUAUAAUUUUAACUAAAGUCUCGACAUCAUAAAUGUUCAGUUUUUGACAAAUGUCUCAAAGAUAUUUACACUGUGUUGUGUUUCAUUUUGUUUGUUAAUUCUUGUUUCAUAUAAAAAUUUAGUCUCAUAGAAUAUCUAUUGUAAGUCAUUUAAAAAUACCAACAUUCACUAUUAAAAAAAAACUUCUCAAACUUGUUUAGCAGAUUAAAUCAAAUAUAAAGGACCUCUACAAAAUCAUCCUGAAAAAAACUUUUUACAAACAGUUUAUUGCAAGUAUAGUUUAAACCCUUUAACCAUUAUAUCAGGGUACGAAUAGGCUUUCUAGUAUUUAUUUAUUUUUGUGAUUUUAGGUAAGUAGUGUUUAAUUAUUGGAAGAAAAAAUAAGUAUCAGAUUUAAGAGGAUUUGUUUCUUACAAGCUUUCCGUACUAAGUAGAUGUAUUUUUCUUUUGUAAAAUUAGAUAAUAAGUAUUAUAUUUUAUGUUUUUUGUUGCUUCAUAUUUUUCCUUUUUUUGGUUAUAUGGUUUUUCUUGACCUAAGGAAGUAUUUAUAAAAGGAAAACAAGCCAAAGAUAUAUUUUAUUAGAUCAUCAUCCGAAAAUCUUGUGUUGUAAUGUACUUUUCAGAUGCCUCUUUUCACUUAGUAUCCUAGUUUAUUUUAAAUAUGCACGGAUAAAAUUUACACGAACUUUCUAUAAUAUUGCGUAUGUAUGCAACAAUUUCAAAAAACACUGUGUUAUUAAAAUCGAAAUUGACCGUACUCACAAACAAAAAUUAGUUAUCCUGAUGAAUGUUCGCUUGGAUUUUUUUAAAAUAUUAAGUAAACGUUCUUAUACAGAUUCUAUCUUAUACAAGAUUUGUCAACCGAGAAAAAAUCACAAACAAAUACAAAAUUAGUUCUAAGAAUAAUAUUAUUUAAAUGUAAUGAUGUUUUGAUAGAUUGUAGUAUGCUAUGGGUAAAGUUAGAACAACGGUUAAAAUUGGAUUAUGUCACAAAUAUUAUCGGAAUUGUACAUGUUUCAGACCUUAGCCAAGUAAAACCUAUUUAAGUAAAAUCUAUCCUCAAGGGUUAAUGUUGAAAAAAAUCAAGGGCAUAAAUGUUUGAAAAACGGAUUUUACAAAUCAGAGGUUACACUAGAACGGUACCUAACAAAAAAAAAGUUACGAUAAUCUAUUUGUUCGACGAACAAGACAAGCUGCUGUGAGAUUUUGAGUUACAAAGAUUUCCAAUAACUACAUUUACAUUUAUUAGUCAUGUGUUUAUGUACAGUUGCAUCAUGUUUUGACUUUAACGGUCUGUAUCUCCAUGAAGAGAAUUAUGAAUAAAAUUAGGCUUUGAUUUUUUUUGGAUGAUUUUCUAGAUAUCUCUUUGCAUCUAGUCUACUUGUCUGUAAAGUUUCUUUGGAUAAAGUUUACUUACUUACUAUCUUAUGUUCCCUAAUGUACUUCGUUUAUCACACUCUUUACAUUAAUUCAAAUUUUCUUUAUAAAUGAGUACAUAUACAGUUUUUCUGAUAGGUACAUCUAAAUUUAUUCGUUUUUCGAAUUUUACCCGUAACAUACACAAUACAAAAAGAAAGAUAUCGUUUUGAAAUUCCGAUUUUUAUGCUUUGGAAAAAAUUCUGGGAAGUCGUUUAGUAUUGUCAAUUAUGCCUCCUUUUGUUAUAUAAAAGUGGUGACUCCAGUAAGUUAAUAUUAUUGUUUAAUUUUCAAUGUGCUUCUUAUAUGGACAUGCUGUACAAAAAAUCUAGCAGAAAAACGAUAAGUGACAAUAAUAAUCGAUGUGAGGAUUUUUCAAAAACAUAAAAAUAGAAGUCAAAUGAAUCGAAUUUGUCCGUUCGUCAAAUCGUGUUUUUCUUAUUUUAUCUAGGAAACAAGUAUUCCGCUAAUAGAAUAUCUAACUAUAUUUUAAUGACCUAUACGUUUGUUUGUAUGAUUCAUUCUCGAUUAUAAUUGAAAAUAAUAAAACUAAAAACCGUAUGUAAGGAACUUUUUAGUUCUUUACUAAAGGAAAAAGCCUUUUUUCUAUUUUGAAAACCAUAUGUACGAGGCACUUUUUAACUUUACAUACACAGAUUUAAGUGACAAAAUGCAAUUGCUUCAUUUAAACUUAAGCGAUAUUUUUUUAACCGCUACUACAGAGGAAAAAGUUUUAAAUAAUUUUGCCAAGGAUCUUGUUAUCCUGUAUUUCAGCGACUAUAAUCGGCUAUAAAAUAUAAUAAAAAAAUAAUAAAAAAGAAGACGGAUAUUGGAAUGAAGAAUGCAAACCUCCAUAUUCUUUAAUAGAACUAGAAAGAGUGCCCUCUUUUGCGUUUUAUGUAUACCCAGGUAAAGUUCAGUCUGGUAUUUUGGAUGACCAAUCAAUCUAUUGCAAUAAAUUUUUUUUCUGUAGUAGCUGGUUAAACCUUUUACUUUUUGUUCAAUUGUAUUUAGCAAUAAAAAAUAAUUCAAUCAAAAAAACUAUGUAAAAUAUAUAUUAAAUGUAUUACUGGGCUAAUGUAUGUAUUUAUAAAAUCUACUAACUGAGGUUAGGCCUUUGUUAACUUCUUUAACGAAAAGCAUAUUUGUACAUUUGUUAAAAAAUUUCCAGUCUUAUAAGAUUAUCGAAUAUAGGAAUGCGUAAGCUCUGCUUAGCAGAUGACUAUUAUGUACUUUAUUUUGUAAAUAUAAUAAAUUAUGAAAUAUUAUCUUUUU